AUGUUCUCAGGUGAGCACAAUAUUGACAUAGAGGUUAUCGAGAGUGGCGAUAUCCUUGUACUAGGAAACCUCUGUGGGUUUAAGGUCAAAAUUUGCGGACUAAUUCAAUACCUGAACCUUUUCAGUGGCGCUAUCGGAUACAUUAUUGCAGCAUCUAUAAGCAUGAUGGCUAUUAAGCGGUCAAAUUGCUUCCAUGAGAGCAAAGGAAAGAGCCCAUGUCUCAUGUCAAGCAAUCCACACAUGAUCAUGUUCGGAAUUGUCGAAAUUCUGUUCUCCCAAAUCCUAGAUUUUGAUCAGAUAUGGUGGCUCUCCAUUGUCGCAGCUAUUAUGGCCUUCACUUACUCUACAAUCGGUCUUGGGCUUGGAAUUGCUAAAGUUGUAGAGACUGGGAAAUUCAUGGGAAGCCUCAGCGGAAUAAGCAUCAGGACUAUCACCGAGACCCAGAAGAUAUGGAGAAGCUUCCAAGCACUGGGAGACAUCGCCUUUGCGUACUCUUACUCAAUCAUUCUCAUAGAAAUCCAAGACACAAUCAAGUUCCCACCUUCAGAAGCCAAGACGAUCAAGAAAGCAACCCUUUUGAGCGUUGCAGUAAUGACUCUAUUCUACAUGCUCUGUGGUUGCAUUGGCUACGCAACAUUCGGUGAUGCAGCACCCGAAAACUUUUUCACCAGCUUUGGAUUCUACAACCCAUAUUGGCUUCUUGACAUUGCUAAUGCCGCCAUUGUAAUCCAUGAGGGUUCAAAAACCCUAAAUCCCAAUCGGUUAAAGAGUGUAAAUCUGCAUAUAAGGAUAUUGGCCAAUAACAUGGAAAAGGAGAUGAAGCUUGAGCAUGUGGUCAUUGUCUCGGAUUGCCAAGAGGCUAUUCUCUCUUGA